AUGUCCAACCAACGGUCCGUUGGUUGCAUUCUCACAAGUCUGAGUCUUCGAACUGCUUGGGAGGCUCUCCGGAACCCUCUCCCCAAAGUUCCAUGGUUCAUAUUGUCUGGGUUAAGCAAGGGCAGGCUAUCUACAAAGGAUAGGUUGUUAUCAUGGGGGAUGAGAGUGGACCCUCAGUGUGUCUUUUGUUACAGUGUGAAUGAAUCCCACGAACAUCUCUUUUUUAACUAUUAUUUUACAGCUUGUAUCUGGGGGAGAAUCCUCCAUUUGUUUGGCAUGACUAGAUGUCCAUGGGAGUGGGAGCAUGAAAUUAACUGGGCUGUUCAAUACCUCAAGAAGGAAGGGUUCUCUUCUUCUCUCUAUAAGCUAGCUAUGGCGGGGAUAGUGUAUUACAGCUGGAAGGCUAGGAAUGAUUCAAUCUUUGGUAACAAGCAAUGCAUUUCGGAUUCCAUUUAUGAGCAGAUUGUUAAGGAUGUGCAGGAUAGAGUGUUCUCUUGGAGAAACUGUGGCUGUAGCUCUCUGAAUAGAGUCUUGUGUAGAGGUUGGAACAUCUCGGAGAAAGUUUUGUAG